AUGCUAGCUAUCGUAUAUGGAUGCGAGAAGUUUCAUCACUACAUUUAUGGCCGAAAGGUGACCGUGGAGACGGAUCAUAAACCCCUUGUCGCGAUCUACAACAAACCACUGUAUCGAGCGACGCCUAGACUUCAAAGAAUGCUUAUGAAGUUACAACGCUAUGACCUGAAGUUAGUGUAUGUACCGGGAAAGGAUAUGCAUAUUUCAGAUGCAUUGAGUCGAUCUUACCUGCAAGAGACUCCUGAGAUUCUAGUCGACGAUGAGAUCGACGUUGAUUCAAUUGAGGCACAACUUCCUGUGUCUCCAGCAAAACUACAGCAACUCAAAGAGGCAACUGCUGCUGAUGAGACAUUACAAACGCUGAAAAAUACCGUUUUGAUUGGUUGGCCAGUCGACAGAUCAAGUGUUCCAUUGAACAUCUUACAGUAUCGGAACUACCGUGAUGAAAUCACUGCCAUCGAUGGACUUUUAUACAAAGGCCAACGACUCAUGGUGCCAAUCAGCUUGAAAAAGGAAAUGCUCAAUAAGUUACAUGAAGCACACAUGGGCAUAGUGAAAACACAGACAAGAGCACGAGAGCUGUUGUUUUGGCCCAAAAUGAACCAGGAUAUUGAAGACUUUAUAGGACAAUGUGCAGUUUGUAACAAGUACAGGAAUUCCAACUGCAAGGAACCUUUGAUAUCACAGGAGAUGCCUUCACGUCCAUGGUCAAAAGUUGCUGCAGAUAUGUUCCAGUUUAAAGGCUCUGAAUACCUCCUGUGUGUUGACUACUACUCCAAAUUUCCAGAAAUUGUCCGUAUGUCGUCAACUACCAGUGCACAAACAAUCACAUGUUUCAAAUCUCUGUUUGCUCGUCAUGGCAUUCCGACAGAACUAUUUACGGAUAAUGGACCUCAGUUUUCGAGUUAUGCAUUCAAGAAAUUCGCAACUGAGUGGGAUUUCAUUCACACCACCUCAAGUCCAAGAUACCCGCAAUCGAAUGGCCAGGCGGAGAGAUGUGUUCAGACUGUCAAGAACCUGCUCAGAAAAGCUGACGAAUCCGGAGGCGACAUCUACACCAGUCUCAUGAACUACCGCGCAUCACCGAUUGACGGAAUAGGACUAUCACCAUCGCAGCUACUCAUGAACAGACAGUUGCGUACAAAGUUACCAAUCACAGCUGACUUGUUGAAUUUGAAAGCUGUUGAAUCCUGCAAACCUCAACUUAUUGCGCGCCAGGAGAAACAAAAGUACUACUAUGAUCGUCAUUCCGCAACGUUACCCAACGUCAACAAAGGUGAAAUAGUUCGCGUACAGAAAGAUUCGAAACAGUGGGAGCCAGCCAUAGUAGACCAGAAACUUGCAGACAGAUCUUACGUAGUCCGCACGGGUGACAAUCAGCUAUACCGCAGAAAUCGCAGACAACUUCUGAAGACCAGAGAAACCACUUUGCCGUCUGACGUCUCUGAUCAUUCUGAAGCAAUGUAUGACGCACCACCACAGAGUCAUUCAGAACCCGAUCCGCCAAACACCACACCUGCGAAACCCAACCCGCAUGAAAAUGCUGCCACUCCACACAGAGAACCCAGACCACAGCGAACACUGAGACGACCAAAACAUCUGGAGGAUUUCAUUUGUAAAUAA